AUGGUUGAAAUGCGUAUUGCCCAAAUCCUCAUCAAAGCUGGAGCAGACGUUGGUGCUGCAGGAGCAGAAAUCCGUAGUCGAACAGCGAUCAACGGAGCUGCGGAACGAGGACGGCUAGAUAUGGUCAAAAUGCUCCUCGACCUGUACAAACUCAAGGAUGGCGAAUCAAUAUCUGGUCUAUGUGAGGAAGCCUACCACCCAUGCGAAGAAGCAAUAUCAUUGGGCAGUGGUGGAAUUGCUGGAACACUAUCAGUGGGAACCUGGAUCAAAUCCCUAGGCCUGUCUGAAGGGUUCUUAUCGGAUCCAGGGAUGACCAGUUACGGGUUCUCCGCGAAUGCGUGA